GGUUUUAUUCUAAAUUUAGAUUGGCAGGCCAAGAUGAUGUUGAUCAUUCUGAUUAUGAAAACGAAAACGAAUUAGAAUAUCGACGACCAUUUAAACAUAACAAGAGAAAUUUUUCAUAUUCUGACAGUGAAAAUGAGCUCGAAGAGAGUGUUAUCGUGGAUCUGGAGACCUUGAACAUUAUACCGCGUUUUAGUGCAAAGCUUAACAAACAUGCACAUAUACACAAAUAUAGUACUAAAGAAGAAGCUGAUAUAGAUUGUAAAAAUCUUUCUAAAAUCUAUUAUUCAGUUGCUGAAAAGAUUAAGAAUGCUGAUCAAAAUAGUUAUAUACAUAUCUUUCUCAAGAAAAAAAAAUCAACUAAGAAACCUUACUAUGUUGCUGCGGUCUUGAGUGAAUAUAGUGAAAAGAUUACCAUAAACUAUGACGAAUUGGAAUUAGGAAGUCAACAACCAAUCAAGACAAAGGAUCUGAUGGGGUCACAUAUGUACAUCCUUUGUAUUGAAUUAGUGUUAAGAUACUUUAGAUUUAUCAAAAACGACCCCAAAUAUCAAAACAGGAGUAGUUCUGAGCCGAUCAAUCAAUCUUCUAGUUUUGAGGAAAUAUCACAUAUACUCACUGACUUAGAUUCUCUAAUCACUAGUUGUUAUUCGAUCGACAAUGGAAGGAUCGAAGAUACUGAUGAGAAUUACACAAACUUCAAGAAAAGCAAAAUAGUAUCUAUGCCUUUAUGGGUAAAAGAACAUGUCCAAGAACCUGUAUUUAGUAUUCUUGGUAAUACCUCCAAUUAUAAAUCUGUUAAUGGGGAAAAUGUCAAAGUCAUAAAAAGACGGAGUGGUAAUUUACAUGUCGAUGAUAUAGGUAAAAGACCAAUAACCACAAAAAAACGCAAAAUCAUUCAUAACAACAAUCCUGACGUAGAAAUUCAAAAGGAGGUAGGAUCACCAAUGCUCAAUCUUAAUCAACCAAAAGGGUCAUUAUAA